AUUGUAGCGGAUUAUGCGGUCCAUAUAUACACGAGACCGGUCCACCCUCCGGCCAUAGCAAGUGCUGCUUCUCUUCUCUCGCCGCCGGCCGAUCAUUUCCCCCGCCGUCCUCUUCUUCGUGAAGAUCUCCAUCCCUCUCCCCUCCACAGGAAAAAUUAAUGCAGGAUCUCCCACCCUUCCACGGACGUAUCUUCGGUGGUGGCGGAGUGGGAGGCGCCGCCGCGACAGGCCGAGGAGGCGGGCUCGUCCGCUACCCGACGUUUCCUUCCCGGCAGGAUCAACCGUCCCUUCCGCCCGUGAAGUGUCCGCGAUGCGACUCCACCAACACCAAGUUCUGCUACUACAACAACUACAACCUCUCCCAGCCCCGCCAUUUCUGCAAGGCCUGCCGCCGAUACUGGACCAUGGGUGGUGUGCUCCGCAACGUCCCAGUCGGCGGCGGAUGUCGCAAGUCCAAACGCCCUUCCAAAUUUACCUCGCCUACUUCCUCCAACAAGAACCCGUCCCGUCGCCGCAACCCCCUCUCUGCCGUCAGAUCCAGCGUCGACGACUCCACCGCCGCAGGAUCCGCCACAUCGGACCCCUCCACCUCCGAACCCUUGCCCGAUCCCUCCCUCCUCGCCUCCCAAAUCUGCGUCCCAAACCAUAAUCCCCAGUUAGGGAAAAUAACCAACGCGGAUCUGCCACUCCCAGCACCAAACAUCUUCGAAACCCAGUCCGCCGGUGGCUUCGCGACGACUCCAUCGCCGCUCCUAGGGUUUAUCUUUCCGGACCCAUCGACGGAACGAGACAAGCCUGAGGCGGCGGCCAUCGGCCCGGGUUUCGCAGAUCGAGCGGUUCCGGUGGAUCAGCAGCCCGCCGGCUCUGCCGGCUGCCUACCAUCUCCAUAUUGGGACGGCCCAGUCGAACCCACAUUGUUCGAUCUCACCGGAACCGUCGAUCCUUCAUCGUACUGGAAUCAGGGAUAUCUUCAGCGCCUGGGUGAUUAAAACAAACUCCCUCAAUUAUCUUCUCUUUCCGGUUAUUCUUCCAUACAAAAAUUAGAAAUAAUAACAAGGCUAUAUGCGAGUUUUUUAGUUUCUGUGCAAAUAAUCAAGAGCAUUUUUCAAAGCUAAAUUUUAUAUCA